AAAAUCCUGGAAUAAACGGGCAUAAGCUAGAGUUUGGUGCGCCCACCAUCGACUUUUAUAUUCCCACAUGUCGAUAUUAAUUAUUAAUUGUAGCAAGUCGUAUUGGGGAACAACAAAUUCUAUAUCCGCAGAAUUUGCCAAACAUCUCCCCCCUCUUCAAACAAUAAGACACUCCAAUUAAGUAACACUUAGUGGGUGUUGUUUAAUCAACAGCAAUAACAAAACUAACAAGUGCCAUCAACAUUUUUGUUUUUUUUAUAUGUAUUUAAAAUUUUUUCUAAUUUCCUGGUUGCUGGUAUUUCGUUAUUCAAGUCUAAAUGAGCACAUAUUUCUCUCGCACUUGUGGAGCUCGGAUAUCCUGCAGUAAAAUCUAUCAAAGCCGAUGAUGUGAUAUUUUGUGGCACCUUGCUUUAUUAAUAAUGUGUGGUUAACAAUAUAUAAAAGUAACUUGUUUAUCAAGCAGAAGAACACACACACAUAAUCGGAAAUAUAGUCGUUUUACGAUGGAGGCCUUGAAAGAAUUAAUCCAAACCAUAAAUGAAAUGAUUAUGUUGGGAAUCAACCCGGCUGAAGUAGCUACGGCUGACAAGAAGUUGCUGGCAGUAAUCAAGAAUCACAUGGAACACUCUGAGAAGAUCCAGGCCCUCUAUCUGGUGGACGGUUCUUCUAUGUUGACAGCUUGCUCUAAUCUUGGACUGGAAUUGUGUCAGAAGUUUUUGCUGACUAACAACAUUUUUAAUUCUUUCGAACUCAAUGGAAAGUGCAAAAUUCUGGUCCAAGCUUGCAAGAAUAACCACAAGGAUGUUGUCAACCUUCUCUUCCACAAGGGAGUGAUGUUGUCUAAGCAGAGUAUUUGCUCAGAAGAUUCUUGUUUCUACCAGGCUACAAUCAAUGGUCAUGUAAAUAUCUUGAAACAACUUAUUAAGUUUGACCAUGACACAUUGUGUAAUAAAAGUGUACAGAAAACCCUGCUUUUAGCUGCUUGUAUUGGAGGCCAUUUAGAAGCUGUGAAAUUCUGGUCUGUGUUCUAUAAACUACCAACUUCCCAACAGACAUCCACCUCUUCAGAGUGUUCUAGUGUCACUGUUAACCAAAAUGAAAUGGACCCACUUUACAUAGCAUGUAAAGAAAAACAUAUCAAGGUUGUGAAAUAUUUGGCUGAAAAUGGUUAUACAUUAACUGAGAUGAUUUGUCACCAGUUUCCUGAGAUGAUUGCUGAGACAUUUCUUCAAGAGCAUAUUAAGAGAGAAGCAUCGGAGGCCUCAAUAACCUGGAAGAGUAUCGGUCUACCACUGCUGAAGAACAACUGGUUUCGGGAUGACUUACAAAACAUCACAUACCUAAAUGUAUCUUGUAAUAAAUUACACACACUACCAAGUACAGUGCCAUGGGGGAUGAAGAAUCUGGUGGCUCUGAAUGUUUCCCACAAUUACCUUGAUGUAUUUCCUUCGGCAACAGACAGCAUUGCUUGUCAAAAGCUUGAAGAAAUAAACUUGUCACACAACCAUUUGAAAUUCUUAUGUUGUAAUAUAUUUGAACUGCCACACCUUCAGACCUUGAACGUCUCAAAUAAUCAACUUGUGUUCGUUACAGCUAAUGAAAAUGAAAAAUCAAUGUAUGAAGACAUCUCUUGGAGCUGUGGCAACCUUCAGUAUUUGAAUUUAUCCCACAAUACACUGCAGCGGUUCCCUUUGAUGUUGUACCAUUGUACAAGUUUGAUCUCUCUUGAUUUUGAACAUAAUCAGCUCAUUGACACGUUGCUACCUUGGUCUUGUCCCCUGAAUUCACUGAAUUUGAGCCAUAAUUUAUUGACUGAAUUGCCAAACAGUUUGGAGCAUUUCUGGGGGACAUCUUUGGAGUACGUCAAUUUAAACAACAACCUGUUUGUAGAGAUUAAUGAAAGUAUCAUACGUAUCCAAUCCCUUCUGGAACUGCAGGCGACUAACAACAGAAUUUGUUCCUUACCAAACUCUCGACUCUGGAGCUGCCAUGAACUGAAAAAGCUAGAGCUUGGAAAUAACUUAUUAGGGCAAAUUGAUGAGAGAUCAAUGGAAAGAAGUUUAACAGUGUUCAGAAGAAGAACUUCAAAAGGUGGCCCCUUACCUGAAGAAAUUGACUUCCCGCUAUUCCUUUCUCAUUGUCUUAUUGAACUUCAUCUAGAGAAUAAUCAUCUUGAUGCUGUUCCUCCGUCUGUCUGUCACUUGACUGGAUUGAAGUUAUUGAACCUCAGUGGGAAUAUCAAUAUUACCAAACUGCCCACCGAAAUAGCAAACUUACAGUCGUGCAAUGCUCUACUUUUGGAUGGUCUUGAAAUUAUUAAUCUACCCAAAGAUUUUCAAAGAGAGUCAAAUAACCGGAAUAUUAUCGACUAUUUUCAAGAAAGGGUUCGCCAGAGUGUACCGUACCGACACAUGAAGAUUGCAGUCAUGGGCAAUGAGGGAGACGGUAAAACUGCUCUGUUGGAGUGUCUGAUGAAGAAAAGUGGUGAACAUUUUCAGAACAGUCUUGGAUUGAAUACAUACAAAUGGGUUUUAGAACGUCCAGCUAAAAGUCUCUUCUCUUUUGAUGAAAUAGCAUCAAUAACAUUUAAUGUGUGGGAAUUUUCACAAGCAAAAACAUUCCGUCCCAUCCACCACAGUUUUAUCACACCAAACAGUCUGUACCUGUUGGUGUGGGACUUGAGGAAGAAAGUUGAAAAUCUGAAACAGUGGCUGCAGAGUAUUGAGGCUAAAGCGCCACGUUCCUACGUGAUCAUCGUGGGUACUUUUUUGGAUCAAGUCCUGGAUAAGAAAUGCAGUUACUUGAAAUCAGUUGAGACCAAGAUAGGGAACUACUUAAAGAACUCCACAUACUCAUUGCAUGUAGUUAAAUUUAUGGGAGUAUCUUCAAAAACUCAAACUGGGAUCAAAGAACUGACGGCAGAGAUUUAUAAUGUUGCCAGUGAAAUGAAAGAUGCUAAAAAUAACAGAACUAAAUUACUGGAUAGAAAGGUUCCCCUGAGUUACAUAUCGUUAGCCAAGAAAAUACAAGGAAUUCACCAAAACCUUCACAUCUACAUGCCAGCACUGUAUAUCUUUGAACACAGGAUGAUGGAGAUUGUUGAAAGCAUUGACGGAAAUGAUAUCAAAACCCCUGACGAAUUACACAAAGUGUCCCUUUUUCUCAGUGAAAUUGGAGUCAUUGUAUAUCACGUGAGUAACGACUCAGCCAUGUAUUUCUUCAACCCUUCCUGGCUUUGUGAUACUCUUGGAAAGAUCUUCACAGACGAGGAAAUCCAGGGCUUUAUCAACAACAGCUGUAUUUUGCACCUGAAGAAAGCAGACCGAGUUUUCAAAAGAAUCUUUAAAGAGACAAGUUGGUGUUACAUCAAACUUUUGGAAAGAUUUGAAAUAGCAAUGAAACUGAAAAGAGACUUGCUGCUGAUUCCAUCAUUGCUACCAACACAAUCUCUUGGAGAGUACAUGGAUAAUGAGGGGCAGAGAGUGAGCCACUUGUACAAAAUGACAUAUAUUCCAGAUAAUUUCUGGAAUUAUUUAAUUAUUCGGAUUAUGUUAUCCAUGGAAAGAUUCUCUGAGAAAAAUGCUUUCAUUUCUCGCAAGUCUUCUUUGUUGAAUAACAGGCAGCAGUCACAAAGACUCUAUGUGCUGAAGAAUGUCCAUUCAAUAUACCGGAGCGACAAUGCCUUUGCCAGGUAUUCAAGCGGAUGCUUCCUUAUCGAAGUGGUUUAUAAUGAAGCGAGGCAGGCUCUUGGCCUCCUCGUUACCGUAGCAUCGACCGAAAGAGAAUUCUCAAUGCUUGGAAACAUCAAACUAGAAAUUGAGAAUGUAAUGAAUGAUUUCUUCCCAGGUUUGAAUCAAAGUGAAUUUAUCCAGUCCUUUGCACUCUGUCCAAAAUGUUACGUUUGGGAUGAAAACAUGAGGGAUAAUAUUCUAAACACUGCCGACCAUUUUUAUAUGGAACAUUGUGCCUUUGCUUUAGCAACUAAAACUGCUGUUCACUGCAAGAAUGCUGGUGUGAUUCCAAACGAAGAGAUAAUUCCUGACUUGAUGCUAAUCCAUAUUCCAAAAAAAUUCCACAUUGAUUCCAAAAUUGUGAGGCAGUCAAGUUACAUUGCCAGUGGCACCAGUGGCUCUGUUUAUGCUGGGAAAUACUGUGGUGUUGAUGUUGCCAUCAAGUAUUUCGGUUCUUCCAUCAAAUGGAAACCCUCAGAUAAAUGUAGUCAAACAUCCAAGUCAGAAUCGGACAAAAAUGUCAUCGAUCAGGAGGAUUUCACUUUAUAUUCAGAUAGCUAUUUCCAAGGAAAAGCAGUUCUGAGCAAUCUACAAGAAAUGCAACAUGAAGUAACAUUGUUAAGUAAUUUAAACCAUCCUUGUAUCAUCUCCAUGUUUGGCUUCUCAAUCAGUCCUAUGUGCAUGUUGAUGGAACUCGCACCUCUUCGCAGCCUUCGUCAUGUCAUCAACUCACAACUAAAGAAACACAAAGGAGAAACAAUUCUCUUUCCUAAAUUGCUAUGCUAUAGAAUUCUCUUCCAGGUGGCCAGAGGACUAGCAUAUCUUCAUAGAAAACACAUUAUUUAUGGAGACUUGAAAUCAGACAAUAUCUUGACCUGGACUUUGAGUUUAGAUGCUGAUGUCAAUGUGAAGCUUUCUGACUACAAUUUCUCACAAUACACUACACCAAAAGGACUCAAAAAAAUGCUUGGAACCCCUGGAUAUCAAGCACCUGAAAUUUUACAGAGAUAUUCAUAUGACAACUGUGUUGAUAUUUAUUCCUGGAGCAUCGUGGCAUAUGAAAUUUUAACUGGAUGCAGACCUUUUGAAAAGCUCAACUUUGUGUCGGAAAUUGCAGCUGCUGUUAUUGAUAAUAAAAGACCAAUGAUUAAGGAUCACAAUUUGGAUGCAAAGUUCCCAUGUCUUGAGAAAAUGAUGACUGACUGUUACAAUCAGGAUCCAUCUGAAAGACCAAGAGCCUCUGAAAUUAUUUCCAAAAUGACCCCACUUUCAUUUGUUGCCAUACAAAAUCUGCUUGUGGAUUUGAAACUGGGUGUUGUCGAUGAGAUUUUACAUAUCACAAAUAAUCAGGGCCGUUCAUUUUUCUGGCUGUGGGAAGGCAUUGAAUCUAAAAGGGUCUACCAUAUUAUAGAUUCCCACACACACAGCCAUCUUCACUCAGUUUCCAGUGCUGGUUUCCAGGUGACAUGCAGCACCAGUAUCAAAAAUGAGGUUUACAUUGGGACAAAGAGUGGAGAAAUAGGAAUGAUUGUCAAUGAAAUGAGUAAUCUACGCAUACUGCCUGUUUUCAGCAUUUCAGAAAUACCCGUCUUUAUGAUUUCAAACCCAAAGCUGAAGGAAAUCUAUAUCGGCACAAAUACUGGCAUCCUGCAUAUUCAGAGACAGGAGCUCAAUCCCAGAAAGGUGCAGUACUGGAAAGAAGUUGAGGCCAUUCAACUGGGUACCUCAACUCCAAUAACCAGCAUGCUACUGGUCACUUUGCCAAACUAUUCUGAACUAUGGGUUGGAUGUGGUACACAGAUUAACAUAAUUUCAAUUGACACAAAGAAAAUCAAAUGUUCCUUUGUUUCACAAGUUACUGACAAAGCAUCAAAAAUAAUGGACCUUAAAUAUUAUGAAAACAACAAAGAACAAAGAGUCUUUCAUUAUUUGGAAGGCUUAGCUUCCAUCUUGGAGUACAAUGCCUGCACGUAUUCUUUAAUAGCAGAAUACUAUGUUGGAAUUUUCACACUGGGAAGAAGAAUUGUUCAGCAGCAGCAAACAUCACAGAAAUCUUUGAGCAAAUCCCUGAAGAUGAGCAUGAACUUGAAUUUCGAAAAUGAAGACAAAGACAACGCCCACGAGAAUCCAAUAUGUUGCAUCACUUCAAUAGCCAUUAUAGACAAUACUCUUUGGGUAGGAAGAAAUCUCGGUGAUAUUGGCAUCAUUAAUCUUGACACAACCCAUCCACAUUUCCAGAAAGGAGAAGUUUUAGCCACAAUAAGUACUGAUUAUUUGUUGCCGUCUACAGAAACACCAACCGCCAUACAAUGCAUCACCGAAAAUGACGAAACGUCUGUUUUUUCACUUGUGCAAGUUUUGAAGAAUAAGAAUGAAGAAACUAUGACGAAAGUAGUGUUUUGGGAAAAAUAUCAUCUUCGUGAACUUUAUCAAUUUCAGAAACAUUUGGCAGGUAUACAGGGGGCUGAAAAGGCAUAUUCUCUUCCAUUUAAAAGAUCAAGUUGAUGGGUUGAAAAGAGUACCUGUACAUAUAAUACAGUGAAGCAAAAGUAGUCAACACAAAAUACAUAUAUAUAUAGAUUUUAUUAUAAACAAUACCAUGGCAAAAUUCUACAUUGCUCAUAAGUAUCAUGAAAUUCUGAAGAAACUUUCUCAUGAGUCAAGUCAUCAACCAAACUCAUCUGUAAGAAAAACAUCACUUAAAAAAAAAAUUCAAAAAUGGAUUAAGGCAAUUUACCACAGACAAAAUGCAAAUUUAUAAUUUAAAAAAAAAAUUAUCAAAAUAUUUAUUUUU